AUGCCUCCUCAUCAGCCCAGUCAGGGCCGCGUCGCUCGCUCCAGGGGCGGUUGCGUAACAUGCAGGUCAAAACAUGCAAAAUGCGACGAGGCAAAACCGACUUGCAAGUCAUGCGCUGCGCGUGGUCAGAAAUGCGGUGGUUACCGGCUGGAUGUUCGGUGGUCUACCAAGCAUGAGAAGCGCACUCGACCGUCUCAAUCGCGACAUCGUCAGUCGCAAACAGAGGGUUCACUUUCGGCACGGUCCACGGAAGCUCAGUCAGAUACAAAUUCCCAGGUCUCAUAUAGAUCAGAGAAUACGCUUGUCACUGACAGAGAUUCCAUAAGGUCGGCAGCAGGAAUUGUCCCCGAUGAUUUUGGCACAGCUGCAAACGCGUCAGUCUUUCAUCUCAACGGCAUUGUGUCACCUUUAUUUCCAAUGUCUACAGACGGCGACUUCUUCUCACAUCAACUGGAACAUGAACACGAGGAAGCAAGCCAUACUUUUAGCGGCACCGACAGCGAAAAUCACGACACAUACUCUCUAUCAAACAUGACGUCCUCGGUAUCGCCCUUGCAAUGGGGAGACGACUUCCUAGGGUCUGUACACAGCGACAACAACCUAGUUUCAGCUCCGGAAACCCUCUCUAUUUCAGUUGGCAACGUGACCUUUGACUUCAAUAUGCCCUUACCGACAGUUGACCCUGGCAGACUGACUUUCGAAAUGGCACCAAAUGCAAUCACCUAUACGCCAUCUGUGCUCAUCGAAUACUGGUUUCGCCAUGUCUGUUCUCUCUGGUCCAAUUACGAUUCCGAUGUCAACCUCAACCGCACAAUUGCAGCCGCUUUAUGGUCCAACUGCGAGCUCGUUUACCUCAGUCUCCAGGCUAUGUCGGCCGCCCACUUAUCCGCUAAAGUGCCAAUGAUGCGACAGACCUCUAUAACGAACAUGAAGGCUGCAGCUGAAAUUAUGAGAGCUGACUUGCAUACCGUCAAGUCGCACCAACUAUUCAAUACAGUACCUACAAGUCUCUUGUUCUCUCUGAUGGGAAUCGGCACCAGUAUCUGCUGGCUCAAUGCCACUCAGUUGGGGCUGCCGUUUCUCUGCGAGGCAAAAGCCAUCCUCCAUGCUGUCAACAAAAAUAAGCAUGCAUUAUCCGACGAACAACGACAAUUGCUAUCCUUCUUUAACAAGAGUUGGCUAUACUGCGAAAUGCUAUUGUCGAUGGUGACAUCGAGCUGUAAAAGCUUACAGAAGAUGGAAGAAAUGGGCGACGUCGAGGAAGCGGUUCCUACCACUGCCCCUGUGACGGCAGACCCAGUCGAACAUGUUCCGCAUCCGUGGACGGGGGUAUCAAGCGACAGUUAUAAGUUGUUUAUGAGGGCGAUGAAGCUUUGUCACAAGUUUCGACGCAAGAUCCGGAAACCACAAGAUAUGUUUGCGUCAGCUAACAUCAGCGCCGCCAUGCAGCUCAUUGAAGAAGCUGCUGUGGUAGAGAAGCAGACUUGCGAUCUUGAUGUGGAAUGUCGUGAGACUAUUGGAGAGACGAAUGAUAAGAAGACGCCCAAUCAGCACCUCUUCAACGUUGCCGAAGCCUACCGUCAAUCAACCCUGUUACAAUUGUACCAGACUUUUCCAGAACUCAUCGUACGACGACACGAACUGAAUGAGUCACAGGCGAAAGAUGCUCAAGCUUUAUGGGAUAACUGGAUCACCCCAAUCGCACUGAACUUGGUGGCCAUACUCAAACUAUUACCUACGGACUCGGGUUGCAAAAUGACCCAACCACUACUCUGUGUCUCAGCUAGCACUGGACUUAGGCGAAAACACAUCGAAGUCAAGGCCACUACUCCUAGAGAUGUUCCCUUCAGCCAAGAUUCCAGUCUAGAGGACUGCGACAUGAUAAAUUACCUUGACUUCGCCGGCCUUCACGAUGAACUGCCAGAGGAGUCAGAACCAGAGCCAGAUCCAGAUGCAAAUGCGGAAAUCAUGGCUGCGAGACAAUUUCUUCACGAGCGUCUGGAGACAUUGAAGACAGUUCUACCACCAAAGCCAGUGGUAGUGGCGCAAGAUCUGACCAAAGCUAUCUGGCAAGCCUAUGACACGGAACAGUGCGCGAAGUAUGCGAUUCAUUGGAUAGAUGUGAUGGAUAGUCGGAAUUUGAAGUCAAACUGGGGAUAG